UCUUCAAAACAGACGGCGCCGCGACCAUGAAUCUGGGGAUUUAAAAAGCUCUGAUUUGCGUUUAAUCUUCGUAUAGAAUGAAGUUUUUGUUUUUUAUUUAAAGCCAUAGUUUUAAAUACAUUUACGGCUGAUGAAAACACUUUAUUUGACUAAACCAAUUUAGUAUAUUUUCCAUAAUAUAAUCUCUAAUUGAUUAGCUUUAUCAGUUAGCUUAAAGCUAGUUUUGUGAGCUAAUGUUUGGUAACCACAGCUGACAGUCAGAGCAACACCAUAUGCCUUUUGGAAAGCUACGAUACAGAGAUACGGAGUUAAUUUUUAAAAAGCCAUGGAAGCUGAAUUAAACUUUUUGCGGGACCAAGUCCAGAGGUUAAAUUCUGUCCUGAGCCAAUAUCAGCAUGGGCAUAACCCUCAAGUCUCGGCACAGGGUGAAGUGGAAGCACAAGCACAACCCACCACUCCCUGGAUUACUGACAGGAGGUUUGGCUUCUCAUGCUUUGACACAUACAGCCAUAUAAUGGCUCCCUUGAUCGAUGAAUAUGAUCGUCACAUAGAGGAAAUGAUGGAACAGCUACAGAAAUACCAGGUACAAAUGGCAGACAUAAAAGUCAAGUUGGACAGAGUUGUCAAGGAGAACGAAAGGCUGCACACUGAGCUCAGAGAGUCAGUGGAGAGGCAGUUACAUGCCAUCCCAGUGUCCUCAGCAGCAGAGAGCAGUACAGUGGAGGAGGAAACCAUCAUCAAAAACCUCCAGGAGCAGAUACAGUUGUCUGAACAGGAGCGAGGGCAGGCCAUGGAGUUGUGGCAGACAACCUCUCAGGAGCUAGAUCGUCUUCAGCAGAUCCAUCAGAAGUCUGUUUCUGACACACAGAUGCAUGAUGCCCAAAAGAAGCAGCUCGCAGAUCAGCUUGUCCAGUUACAGCAACAAACACAAAAGCUCCUACUGGACAAUCAGAAGCUGGAAAUGACCAACCAGCAGUUUCUGAAGACUUUAACUGAGCAGACAACCGAGAUGGAGGAGCUACAGAGUUACAACAGGCAGUCUAAGGCUGAAUUACGGACAGCCACAGCCAAAGUAAAUGAGUUGACCAAAUUAUUGCAAAAUCUCCAGGAACAGAUGCAAAGACAGGAAGAAGAUGUAGCCGAGGCUCAGGGGCGGGAGAAUGCAGCUGACAGAAGACUGCAGCAGCUUCAGUCCGCCUUGGGCCAACUAGAGUCCAGAUUAAAUGCUGCAACACAGGAAGCAGAAAGUGUUCGCAGAGAGCAAAGUGUUUAUGAAAAAAAGGUUGGGGAGCUCCAAGCCCGUUGCACCACUUUAGAGGAAGAGAAAUAUGCAGCUCUUACCAAGGUCCGAGAAAGCAUACAGACAGCGGAGGAGGCUGCACUGCAAAAAGAGCAGGCCCUGUUAAGAGAAAAACAGAAAACAGAGGAACUGGAAAAGACAAAGGAGACUAUAAAGCAGUUGAUACAGGAUGCAGCAGUCCGUACUAGAAAAGAGGUUGAAAAUGUUCGGAAACAGUACAGUGUUCAAAUUCUCAGGAUGACAGAGGAGCUGUCUGCAUUACAGCUAGAAUGUGCAGAUAAACAAUCACAAACUGAAAGGUCACUUCGAGAGAGAAAGGCUGUAGAGGAGGAACUGGAGAAGGUGUAUAAAGAGGGACGUGCGGAGCCAGAGUUCAGAAAGAUAGAGGCUCUUCACCACAGGUGUCUGGAGGCCGAGAGAAGGAGAGAAGACAUUAAUCUCACUCUACAAAGCACUCUGAGCAAACUGAAGAAGAUGGAAAUGGACUACAGUGAAGAGCUGUCCCGGUGCCAAGAGGAAGUACGACGUCUGCAGAACACUUUGACUACAGCCAGGGAGGAGUGCGUAAGCAUCAGUGAGGAGCGCCUUAAGCUGCAGCAGGAAAACACUCAACUCCGCAAAGACAUGGAUGAUUUAAGAAAAUCAAACGUGAUUGAUCAAAAGAAAGCCAAGCAACGGAUGUCACAAAUUGAACAGGAGUAUUGCUUGAAAGAGCGAGAACUGGAUGCUCAGAUUCGUGAGUUGGAAGAAACAGGCAAAAGAAAUAGUGCUGAUCUAACCCGGCUUCUCACAGCACAGCAAAAAACUACUCAGCGCUGGAAAGAAGAGGCCAAAAAGCUGAUCCAGGACUUUGAGACUAAAAUAAUGAGCCACAAGUCAGAGCUGAAUCGUCAGAAGCAGCGUUCACAUGAGCUUGAAUUGCAGCUUGAAACUGAUCGUGCCACUAUUGCAGAGUAUGAACGACAGCUAGCAGAGUAUCAGGAGAAGUCCAGCCGUCUUCAGCUACGCCUCACACAGGCUGAACAAAAAGCAACUACAGCUACACAUCAGCUGAAUAUGAUUGCAUCACGUCAGAGGAAAAGACCCAUGGGCGACACAGAGACGAUAUGAUGAUAUGGCAACUCCACCUCAACCUCCACCUUUUUUUUUUAUGUAAUACUAAUUGUAUUUGUAUGUGUAUGUUACAUUUGGGAGAUGAUAGGUGAUAGUCUAAUGUUUACAGAAUACAUAUUUGUAAUGGAAUUGUGAAUUGAGUUAUUCUUAAAUUAAAUUGUUUAUAUAUAUUUUUUAUGUUCUACCUUUUUAUGAUAACAUUAAACCUUACAUCUUUGUU